AUGAGGACAUCCCAAGCCUACGCUCAGGUGUUGUCACUUUCCAACCCAAGGAGGAAGACUUCUACAUCCCAUCAAGAGAGAAACCAUCACUUCCCCAUCCUCACAUACCGCACACUUCAGCGCACAGUCAAAGCUCAACGCCGCCACCAAGAACGCCAUGUUCUCAGCACUGGAAUGGCAGCGAACCAAGCCCUAGACCGUGUGAGCAAGCUGGAGAAGAUUGUGGAGUGCCAAUCACGUUUCAUCUCACGCUUAGUUCGUGUAGUCCGCCACAUUGCACCGGAGAGACUCUUUCGCCCUUCUCUCACCGCUAGAGAACCAUAUGAGCCUGACCUUGGUGAGUUCUCACUAGACUCAGAGCUUGGUUCAGAAGGCGAUGACCCCAUAGAUGAGGAAGAGAGUUCUUCUCACCGCCACACAUAG